UCAUUCCAAUUUAUCUACGCAAGGCUUCACUUACAACAAGUAACAUGAAUACGUUGAAAACCGACUCCAAAACUGGAAACUCAUUGUAGAAAAUAUUCAAUUGGUCAUCUGGAGUUUGAGUUGGAUCUAUCUAUGCCAACAGAGCAGCUUCAGUUUGUGCGGUUAGGAAGUACUUCUUUUCUUCUUUUUUGCGAGCCUCUCUAUUCCUGUACCCGUUUGUUUUGGAUUGCUAUGAUGACAGCUCAAAAGUCUCAUGUUUUUGGGAUUGUUGUCAGUGCUAUUGCUACAAAGGGUGUAUUAGAUGCAAUAGAGCGCUGUGAAGUGUUGUUGAACCAGUUUGAAA